GUACACUUCACCUUUACAAGUCCUCCAGUUCAGUCUUCCAAUAGCAACCUGAUCACCAUGAAUACCUUCAAGACUGUCGUUAUGAUUUGUGCCAUGUUGAGCGCUUCCUGCUCCGGCCAGUACCUCUCCCAAUCCAGCCAGGCAUCUCAAUCUGGAGGCCCAGCAUCUGGAAUGAUGGGUGGCCAUCAGCAAUCGGCUUCUUACGCCAACCAGGGCGCUUCAAGCAGCCCGGCAUUUGACCAGCAGAGGCCAUUGGCUAGCCCAGCUUUCGAGCAACAAUCUAGCCCAGCAUCGGGAGCAGGAUCGCUUCUUGGCGGAGGUUCAUCCGCUCCGGCCGCUACCCACCAGAUCUGCUCCUGCAUCACCAUCAACCCAACUGCUGCCUCAUCAGUCCACCAAUCAGCCCCGGCCGCUUCGGCCCCUUUGACCGACUCCUUCGCUCCUGCCGCCCAGCAACAGCAGACCUUCUCUGCUCCCCAACAACAACAACAAUCUUUCGCUGCUCCUCAACAGUCCUUCGUCGCCCCUGCCCAGCAACAGGCGUACGCUCCUGCUCAGUCCAACUUUGGAGCAUCUGGAUCAGUUCAAUCUGCUGCUCCCGCUCAGAGCCACCGAGCUUAUUAAUCAAUUGUUGCAUAUAACCUCAUCAACAUCAAGUUCGUGAUGUGCUUCUAUUAUACCUUCAUCUUUCCAAUUGUAAUUCGAAUACAAUGUCACAUCAUUCUCA